AUGGAGCAGACUAACACCCAGCCCGAGUGGGCCAGGCCCCAAGAUUGGGAGCCCUUGAAAGAAACGAUCGCGAGACUCUAUUGGGACCAAGAUCGUCCACUCAACGAGGUUGCAGAGAUUAUGCGCCAGAAACACGGAUUUCACGCAACAAAAAAGAUGUAUAAAGCUAGACUAAAGAAGUGGGGGCUUACAAAAUAUCUCAAGGCCGAUAAGGUCGAGCAAGUCAGACAGGAAGCUGCAGAAGGCAAGAUUGUUGUGCCACUCAUUCGUGGCCGUCUUGCUGGACCCGAGAGGCUAAAGCGGGAGCUGCGCCGCAAACUCCCGGAGGAGUAUGCAACACUCACAGGUAUGCCUGCAACGCGCCAAGCAAUGAUUAGAUCGCCGCGGAUACAAUCACAAAGCCCACCCCCAUCAAUAUUUAGGUUGGAUGCUCCAUUGCAAUUCAAAUACGUCGAAAACUCCCUGGUGGCGGUACUGGAUUAUAGUCAGAACCGGAUGCAAGCGGGCAUCUGGGACCGGACCUCUGACUUUGUAUCCGAUGAUUACUCGGAUUCGUGGCAGAACAAAGUCCUUGUGUGCAACAAUAUGAUGAAAAAUGGGAAGAUGAAGGAGGCCUUCCGCUUACUGGACAGCUGCUUGAAAGGGUACAAGCGCCUUAUUAAGAAAGAGCAUCCGCUUCUAAUGAUCGAAACUUUAAUUACACACCUCGCACUUUCGAAGGAUCGCCCUGAUCUGGCAGACUCGAUACUUCGAUACAUCAGUGGAUUGUGCCAGAUCUGCCUGGGACCAGCACAUCCUUAUAGUAGACUUUGGACCAGCCUACGUUGUCUUGGCAUAGACCAGGUUCGAAAGUCUGCGGCUGUGAUAAUCAAAGCUCAGAUGGCAUCAUACGAGACGUACUUCGCACCCGAAGCAGAGUUUAUGGUGUGCCAGCAAGUUGAUACCGCAAGACAAGUGCAUUGCUACGGGUAUCUCGCGACAGCUGAGGCGGAACGAGAUAUUGCGAGAGCAAUCAAACUAAGGGAAAGCAGAGGGUUACCUGACACAAACGACUUCGUCUGUUGGGCUAAAGAGAUGCUAGCUUUCAUCUACAAGUUCAACGGCAAAUACGUAGAGGCACUUGAUAUUCUGGGCGAAGUCGGCCGAUUUGUUGACGCAGGUGCUGAGGGCAUGACAGAUUUCACGGUCAACGAGUACUAUAACGUGACGUGCAUAAUUCUCACAGAAAUCGGAACUUAUGAGGAGAUCGUAUCCUUCUUCCGGAAGAGGCUUGAUUGGAAUCUCAAAGUGGUCGGUUCAACUCACCACUGGACACUACGAGCCGUUGCCGAACUUGACUGGCAAUACGGCACAAGAAAUGACGUUGAGGCAUCGGCAAAGUUGCACAAUGAGUUCGAUUUUGAGUCCAAUUGGGAUACUCGCUGCAAACAGGAGGAUGAGAAGGAAGAAGGCACAUCGAGUGAGAUCUCACAGCAUCCGCCUACCGGAAUCAGUAAUCCGCCCGGAGAAAGCUGA